AUGACUGGAGCUGCUGUGUCCACAUGCCUACUUUUUCUCCUGUCUGUAUGUUCAUCGUGUUACAUCUCUAACUGUCCUAUCGGUGGCAAAAGGUCCAUCAUGGAUGCACCGCUGCGAAAGUGCAUGCCGUGUGGCCCCGGAGACAGGGGCCGCUGCUUCGGCCCCAGUAUCUGCUGCGGGGAGGGCCUCGGCUGCCUGCUCGGCUCCCCGGAAACAGCUCACUGCGUGGAGGAGAACUACCUGCUCACCGCCUGUCAGGCAGGAGGGAGACCCUGUGGGUCUGAGGGAGGACGCUGCGCUGCUUCAGGACUCUGCUGUGAUGCAGAGAGCUGCACCACCGACCAAUCGUGCCUCAUCGAGGAGGAAGGAGAUGACCAAACCAGCCUAUUCGAAGGCAGCGACCCCGGUGACAUCAUCCUCAGGCUCCUGCAUCUGGGCGGUCACACUUCUCCUCAUCGAGUUCACCCAUGA